CAGCAACAACAACGACAGCAACAACAGGAACGUAUGUAAGAAUAACAAACAAUAACAGAAACAGCAACGACAUUUUUAUUCGUUCAGGUGGUCUAGUAGGAAAAUUGAAAGGUCGUGUCAGUGAUGCCCCGUUCAUUGGUUGCGGAGGUUAUGUAAAUAACAUAGGAGGAGCAACAGUAACUGGAUUCGGAGAGGCAAUAAUGAAAGUGACUUUGGCAAGAGAUGUAGUUUAUAAUAUGGAAAAUGGACAGAAUGCACAGGUUAGGUUUCUAAAUUUGCAGUAUCAUAAUGCCACUAUUAAACAUUCAACUGGCGCCUAUAUACAAUACUUUCCGCAUUCAAUUAUAUAAUAAUAUUGAAACAGAAAAUGGUUUUACUGACUUAAGAAUCUGCCUUUUUCAAAUGUCUUUCUUUUGGGGUUUUCAUGCAUACAAUACUGUUGUUGAGUUGAAAUUUAUUACUCAUAUUUCACCGUCUGAAAAUGUUGAAAGAUUUCCAUUCAUCGUAGAGUGGCGUGGAUUUAUCAGUUAUUUGUUCAGCUAUAUCAGUUAUUGCUAAACGUGAAUUAUUUUGGAUUUGGUGAUGCCCUGACUUUCAACAAGGUUGAAACGCUGAAAACAUUUUACGCGAUCCAUUAUUUUUAUUUUUCAUGGUAAUACUAUUUCCCUGCUGCAAAACAACAAAGAAAAUUGUGAUUAUGCACUAUGCAAGUCUGCAAAUAUCCAUUAUCUCAAUGUUGCACUAACCGACUGAUUCAAAUAGUCGCGGAAAGUGUGCCUGUGUUGGGAGAGGGGGUAAACACCCUCCCCAAUAUUCGUUGAUGAGUUAUUUCAGGUAAGUUUCUAAGUGACAUAAGCUGACUUUCUAGUUAAGGUAUUAAUGCCAAAUUUUUGUUGCAUUUCUUGACUUUCUGAGGGUCUAAAUAUUCAAAAUUUUCUCUUUAAAGAGUAUUUCCUCGAUUUCCUUUGUAUUUCCGUCAGUGCCGUCGCGUGGUACUCGCUUCAGGGGGGUGUUUGGUUAAAUCUACCUGAGAAUGUCAAAAUUUUGAAUUUUACCUGAAAAUUUUCUCUCGGAAAAUUUUUUUGGUGACCUCCCCACCCGUCGCCAAAAAAAUUUCGGUCAGUGUACAAUUUUAGGGGUACAAAAAAAUUUUCCGGACAUACAAAAAUUUUUCGCGACAUACAAAAAAUUUUUCGGACAACACAAAUUUUUGCCGUUUAUCAAAUACAUUUUUCUAAAAUCCCGAAAAUUUCUAGAAUUUUCUAAAAUUUCUGUAAAUGUACCUCACUUUUUUCCAAAUUGACAGUUAUUUUUGUAAAAAAAAACUUUCUCUUGUCCUAGGAAAUACCUGAAUUUGCGUUAUUUUACCUGAAUUUCUUUUACAACUCUUCCUGAAAUUACCUGAAACUGCUCAUAUGAGCAAUUAUCAGGAGGUGCCGCCACCCUCCACACACACACACACACACCCGGUCGCUACGGCCCUGAUUUCCGUAAUAGAUUUAGUCCUGUGUUUCAUUGUGCCAAUAUAUUCUUUCGAAUGAAACACCAGCUACUUGAAUCUACUAUUAAAUAUUAAAACCACACUAAAUUUCAAACGCUGCUUUUUAGGUAAUAUAAAACGUAAUGUAAAAAGUCAGGUAGUUUUGGAUGCCUAUUACCCCCCCUUGACCCCAACGACAAAAUAUUCAUUAAGUCCCUCACAGUGAUUGUUUGCAAAGAUUGCCUUUCACUUUCAUGAUAACUAAUUAAGAAGCUCACACACAGAAGAUUGUAUUUUAUUAUAACUAAAUAUAUCCCUAGGAAUCUGCAGAAAAUGCUUUAGAGAAAAUGAAACGUCUUGUCAAUGGCCACGGUGGCGUAGUUACGAUUGACAAAGAAGGAAACUUUGGAAAGGCGUUCACUACACAUAUGAUGGUUUGGGCAAGCAUCAAGAGCAACACCAUGGAAUUUGGUAUGGAAAAAGAUGAAGUUGAAGUUGAGCUGGUGAAGUUAAAUGGUGAACAUAAGUAG